AAUUUGUAUUUUGAGGAGAAUGGCUUAUUCACAAGCUUUCUUGCAGCUCCAUGCUCUAACCACUCCUCUUAGAGUUUGGCCACACUGUCAAGUGGGGAGCACCAAACGAAAACUCAUUGUUUGUAAGGCACAGAAGGAGGAUGUUGAAGAGGGUGAUGCCACCACCCUUAGCCUUCUUUCUCGCAGAAUGGCCCUCGGCACAGCGCUCAUCGGUGGCGCUGCUGCUGCUGGUACCAAGGUAUCACCUGCUGAUGCCAAGGUAUCACCUGCUGCUGAAGCUGCUAGUAUCAAGGGAUCACCUGCUUAUACUGAUGAUGUACAAAUCUCUCCCUACGAACCUGUAAAAGUUAGCCCAUUACCAGCAAUAAAUUAUGAGCAAUAUCCUGCAUCUGUUAUCGAUGCUCUUUCUCUCAAUCGAAACAGUUUUCCCAGGGGCUUCGUUUUCGGGACAGCAUCCGCGGCCUACCAGUACGAAGGAGCGGCGUCUGAAGGUGGAAGAAAACCAAGUAUAUGGGAUGUUUUCACCCACAAGUAUCCAGAGAAGAUAAGGGAUAGAAGUAAUGGAGAUGUAGCAAUUGAUGAAUACCACCGUUACAGGGAAGACAUUCGGAUAAUGAGGGAUAUGAAUAUGGAUGCAUACAGAUUCUCCAUCUCAUGGUCUAGAAUAAUACCAGAUGGAAAGGUCGGUCCAAACGAGGAGGGUGUAAACCAAGAAGGAAUCGAUUAUUACAAUCGCCUCAUAAAUCAUCUGAAAGACAACGGUCUAGAACCAUAUGUGACACUUUUUCACUGGGAUCUUCCCGAAGCCUUAGAAGAGGAGUAUGGAGGUUUUUUAUCCAAUAAUGUUGUAGGUGAUUUUGGAGACUUCGCAAGAAUUUGUUUCGAAUACUUUGGAGACAGAGUGAAACAUUGGAUUACUCUAAAUGAACCAUGGUCUUAUAGUAAUAAUGGUUAUGCAGUUGGAACCUUUGCACCAGGUCGAUGCUCUCCAUGGCUAGAUUCAACUUGCUUGGGUGGUGAUUCAGGAACAGAACCAUAUAUAGUUACACAUAAUUUACUACUUUCUCAUGCAGCUGCGGUAGAUGAGCACAAUCAGUACAAGACAAAGCACCCGGAUUAUGAAGGUAAGAUAGGCAUAACACUUAUUACUAAUUGGUAUGAGCCACAUUCAGAAAGUGAAGAAGAUAAAGAAGCUGCCAAACGUGCACUUGACUUCAUGUUUGGAUGGUACAUGGAACCAUUGACAUCAGGAAAGUAUCCAGACAGCAUGCGUUCUCUAGUUGGUAAUCGAUUACCAGAGUUCUCAAAACAAGAAUCAAAACUUCUAGCCGAUUCAUGUGAUUUUAUUGGAGUAAACUAUUACACCACUAUUUGCGCGGCGGAUCAACCCCAAGUUGAUCCUUCUAAACCUAGUUAUACUACAGAUAGCCAUGUCAAAACUUAUACUGAACGCAAUGGUAUUUUCGUAGGUGUACCGACCGCUUCUGAUUGGUUAUAUGUUUGUCCCAAAGGAAUUAAAGACUUGAUGCUCUAUACCAAACAACAAUACAACGAUCCUGUGAUUUAUAUAACUGAGAAUGGAAGAGGCAAUGACCUGAAUCAAGAAAUAGAGACACUCGAGGAAGCUCUUAUAGAUACUUAUAGAAUCGAUUAUUAUUAUCGUCAUCUCUAUUAUCUACUUUUAGCAAUAAGGGACGGUGUAAAAGUAAAAGGAUAUUUUGCAUGGUCACUUUUGGACAAUUUUGAAUGGAGAGACGGCUAUUUAAUAGGAUUUGGACUGAACUAUGUGGACAGAAAAAAUAAGAUGAAGCGAUAUCCCAAACUUUCAGCACUUUGGUUUAAGAGUUUUCUUCAAAAAGCAUGAGAUCAUUGCAACAGAGAUCUGUUACCACAGUUUGGGAAAUAAUAUCUUAUAUAUGUAAUGUUGCCUUUUAUUAAAUUUCAGUGAAGAGUGAAGUGUGUCAGCUGUUAAUCUUUUUAUAUUGAUGUAAUUUUUUUUUAUUAGUGAAAUGUGGCUUGUUUAAUUAA